GCCACAUCUUCUCUUGUACGAGUCAGCGGCGGAGCCUUCAAAACCCCUCACCAAAUCGAUUCAAAUUCUACGAUCACUGAGAGUGUAACAUGGUGAUGACGUCAUCUUCGGAUCCGAAAACAGAGAAUGCAACCGAUUCCAAGCCUCUAAUCAACAACGAAACUCCAUCAGAGAAACUUGGAGACUCGUCCCCGGAGCUCGGAGACUCGAACUCCUCGGAGAAACUCGGAGAUUCCUCAACCGUUUGGGUAGAUCCAGCAGAAUCUGGUCAAGAAAAGGAAGAGGAAGAGGAAGGAGGGUGCGGGUUUUGCGUGUUCAUGAAAGAAGGCGGUUGCAGAGAAUCGUUCACGGCUUGGGAAGUAUGCUUGGAGGAAGCUGAGAAGAACAAGGAAGAUUUCGUCACCAAGUGUAUGGAAAUCGAUGGUUUGUUGCAUAAAUGUAUGGAGGCUCAUUCUGAUUAUUACCACCCGAUUCUCGCCGCGGAGAAAGCUGCUGCGGAGCAGUUCAAGAAGGAGUUUGAAGCUGAGAAGAACAAGGUUGAAGGAAAAGAAGAAGAGGAGAUCUCUGAAGAGGAAGUGCUUGCUAUGAAGCAAGCUCAGGGUUAGGUGAAUUUUUAAUUGGUCAAGGGAUUAUCAAUAUUGGAUUUGGGGAUAUAAAAUUUACAUGUUGUUUCGUUGAUGGAUUGUGAUAAUUUGAUCUAAAGGUUUUUACUUUGUUAAUGCCCAUUAAUAUUUCAGACAAGAACUCUGGUUCUUUUGUGGGUUUAUUAAGCUAUUUUCCUCAUUU